AUGUCGGUAAUUGUGUGGUGGCUAGUCACGGCGGUUAUGGUUGCGGCUCACUCGGCCUCCGCCGGAUCCGCCGGAGUUGUAGAAUUGUACUGGGAGGUCGAGAAUCAAUUCCGGUCUCCGGAUUGUACAGAAGGCGUCGUUAUUGCCAUCAACGGUACGUUUCCAGGGCCAACGAUUUAUGCUAACGCCGGAGACACAGUCAUCAUUCACGUCAAAAAUAAACUCUCCACCGAAAAUGUUGUCAUCCAUUGGCACGGCAUACGUCAGAAUGGCACUCCAUGGUCAGAUGGAGCAGCGGGUGUGACGCAAUGUCCCAUUAAUCCUGGAGAGACUUUCACUUAUAAAUUCACUGUUGAUAAGGCAGGAACACAUUUCUACCACGGACACUACGGGAUGCAGAGAUCGGCUGGACUGUACGGGAUGAUGGUGGUGAGAUCGCUCAAAGAGACUUUGCAUUACGAUAAAUUCGAAGAGUUUAAUCUGUUGCUCAGUGAUUGGUGGCAUCUAAGUAGUACCUUGCAAGAACUCUCUCUUUCUUCGAAGCCUAUGCGUUGGAUUGGGGAGCCUCAGAGUCUGUUGAUCAACGGAAGAGGACAGUUCGAUUGCUCACAAGCGGGGUAUUUUAACGAGGGAGGCUUGAAAGAGUGUAACUUUACAAAAGAUGAUCCUUGCGCACCUACAACUCUAAGGGUCAAGCCUAAUAAAGUAUAUCGCCUUCGGAUCGCUAGCACCACUUCUCUUGCUUCCCUCAACUUAGCCGUUGAAGGACACCAACUAGAGGUCGUUGAAGCCGACGGCAACUACGUCGCUCCGUUCACCGUCGACGACAUUGACAUCUAUUCCGGCGAGACCUAUUCCGUUCUUCUCCGAACACAUAAUCCAUCUCCUCCUAGAAAGUACUGGAUCUCAGUCGGCGUUCGUGGCCGGAAACCCAACACUCCUCAAGCACUCACCGUGUUGCACUAUGCCGGUGCUUCUGAAUCCGAACGCUUACCUUUUCCACCGCGGGAGACUCCCAGGUGGGACGACUACAACCGGAGCAAAAACUUCUCCAAGAAAAUAUUCGCCGCGAAAGGAUAUCCACCGCCACCUGAGAAAUCAAACGCGCAGCUCUUCCUCCUCAACACUCAGAAUCUCAUGGAAGGCUACACAAAGUGGGCUAUCAACAACCUCUCCUUAUCCGUCCCGGCGACGCCGUACAUCGGAUCCAUCAGAUACGGGGUAAAACCGGAGUAUUUAAAAUUUCCGGGACCAGAGAUCAUAGAGAACUACGAUAUCGAUAAUCCUCCGGUGAAUCCCAACACCACCGUAAGUAGCGGUAUCUACAAUCUCGCGAUGGGGAUGGUCGUGGACGUGAUACUCCAAAACGCUAACGUUUUAGAAGGUAACGUCAGCGAGGUUCAUCCGUGGCAUCUCCACGGCCACGACUUUUGGAUUUUGGGCUACGGCGAAGGGAAGUUUCGGCCAGGAGUCGACGACAAGAGGUAUAAUCUGACGAACGCGCCGUUACGGAAUACGGUGGCGUUGUAUCCGUACGGAUGGACGGCGUUAAGAUUUGUAACGGACAAUCCUGGGGUUUGGUUUUUUCAUUGUCACAUUGAACCGCAUUUGCAUAUGGGCAUGGGUGUGGUUUUUGCCGAGGGAGUAGACCAGAUCGCUAAGAUGAAUAUACCGCGGGAGGCGCUAGGUUGUGGGUCAACCAGAGAAAUGUUUAUGAACCAGGGACGCCAUUAG